CGCAACUGUAGUGUCCUGAAAACAUCUGUGUCUGGUCUCCUCCCUUGAUCUCGAAGGAUCGUUGCAGCAAUGGCAGACGAGGAAGAAGAGAGAGCUCUAGAGAACCAACUGGAACUACAGUUUCUAGAGCAGAAAGAUUCAUUAGCUGCCUUGAAUGAUGCUCUUGCCUCUGACCCAUCAAAUCCUGAGCUUCUCUCUGUUCAAGAGGAGCUUCUUCAGGUCAUUAAAGAUGUAGAGGAGGGACUCCUGCAUCUAAAACGUGCACGGUUAUUACGAGAGGCAGAUUCAGUAUUACAUGCUUCCUACCAUACUGUAGAGGAUGUCAAGGCUGAGCCUCUUGAUCCAGUUCAUGUUGAACCAGAACCACUAGAGGACCAGUGUUACUCUGUAGGAUCAAAAUGCAGAUUCCGUCAUGUUGAUGGACGCUGGUACAAUGGUCAAAUUAUUGAGUUGGUUUGUUCUGAUACUGCGAAGAUCGCUUUCCUCACUCCUAUAUCAGAAAAUAUGCUGAUAUGCAAGUUUUUUCUGCAAGAACGAUGUCGAUUUGGCACUAGCUGCCGCUUAUCACAUGGGGUUGAUGUGUCAUUAUCCUCCCUGAAGAAUUAUGUGCCAACAAUGUGGGAUCAGUCAUUGGUGGGAUCCAGUAUCUGGGCACUUUCAGAUAGUAAUGUUGGCAUAUGGAGGAAAGCUGAACUUGAAUCUUGGGAUAAUGAACACAGAGUAGGGCAGGUUGUUUUCCAUGAUGGUGGAAGCUCUGCAAAGCUUGGGAGUGAAGCUAUGACGAUAUCUGAGUAUGCUUUGAUGAGUGAUGAAGAGGAAACUGAUUCAAGCUCAGAAGGAUCUGAUUCUAGCGAUUAUGACGAAGAGAGUGCAGAAGGUUUAGGGUUUCUUGAGAGCACAAACUUACAAAGAGGUAUCCAAACAGGAACUGCCAUAUUUGCGACGUGGGAAAAUCAUACACGGGGCAUAGCUUCCAAGAUGAUGGCAAAUAUGGGUUAUCGUGAAGGGAUGGGAUUAGGUGCAUCGGGUCAGGGCAUGCUGGACCCUAUCCCUGUGAAGGUCCUCCCACCAAAGCAAUCACUUGAUCAUGCUCUGGAGUCUCAAAAAGAGGGGAUCAAAGAUAAUCAUGGGAAGAAGAGAAGCAGGGGUGGGAAAAGAAAACGUGAGAAGAAGUUUGCAGCAGCAGCUAGGGCAGCAAAAGCUAAAGAGGAAACGAGACCAGAUGUUUUUACUCUUAUCAAUAAUCAACUUGCUGGGCACAACAAAGCUCUGAACAGCGAGUCAGCUAAGAAGCAGAAAAGUAAAGGCUCAGAGGAGAAGAAAGUCAAUAGGCGAGAUCUACUUGCUUAUGAUGAUGAGAUUAAGGAGUUGAGGAUACGUGUGGAGAAGCUUGAAGACAUGGCAAACAGAAACAAAAAAGAGAAGGUGGUUUAUGAGUCUGCUAUGAGAAAAUUAAACGAGACUCGCAUAACUUUGGCCAAAGCUGAGGCUUCUAAAGCAUCUGCAUCUAAUGCUAUUACCGGUAGAGAAAAAGAGAAGAAAUGGCUUAAGUUUUGAGGCCGUAAUGCUAUACAUUGCUGUGCAGUUCAAACUACAAAAUUGAGCGUGUAUGAUUACCUCGAAUCCUGAAGGUGCCCCUUUGAAUUGGCCGUAGCUUUGCAGGGAUCACAAGGAGUCAAGCCAAGGUUUCAACAACAAUCUUAUUUUCCCAGAAAGCAAUCUAGUGGAUUCAGAUCAAGAUUUUCACACUGUAAACUUGCACUAUACCUUCUGCUUGUACCUGCAGUUCGAGUUAUGCUCCAGCGAAAAAUCCCAUUGCAGUUGCCAUAUAUGGCUGGAUAAAUUCUCGUCAUUACCUCUUUAUAUGCUUUAUGUUAACUAUCCAAUAUAGCCGGCAGCCGGCAACACUGAAACUCGAAUUUAUACGGGUUGCCAGAGGUGACAAAUAGCUUAUUUGCUCUGUGCAAUAAAAGGAUUGAUUUUCGCCA